AUGUCAAGUGAUCUACUAACGUACGAGUUUGUGUGCAAACUGUCCGAGGUACCACUGGGAUCCAAGAAAUGUAUUGAGUUACCAACUUCGCAUCGUAGUGUCAUGUUGCUUAAUCUCCGAGGAAAAGUUUUUUGUAUGGAUCAAGCGUGUUAUCACCAUGGUGGUCCUUUGGUUAAUGGAGAUAUUGAAGAAAUGGGCACUAAAACAACCGUCAAGUGUCCGUGGCACGCCUACCAUAUAGUAGUCGAAACGGGUGAAGGGCUUUACAAGGGCGUGGACAUGACCAUGACUUCAUCUGGAAAAUUACGACCGUCAUCACCUAGACUUAAAUCCAAGGGCGUCAAACAACGCACGCACUUUGUCGAGCUGCGUAAUGAUGGACAAGAUGUUUACGUAGCCGAUUCUUCUGCUAUUCCGGGAGCACCCAUAAUCGAGUCAGACGUGUAUGCAUUCCACACUACCAAUAUCCCCGAGGCUGCCAAGAAGGGUGAGGUACGAAUCCACUCGCGCUUCGAAUAA